AUGGCAGCCGAGAAGAAUGAUCCUCCGAGCUAUUUUGCAGAGUACAGGAGCAGCAGCUCGGACUCCUCCAGCGAGGAUAACAGCAAGCCGGAGGAAACAAGUCAGAAGGACCCGGAUCUGGCCAAGUCGUCGGUGGGCGGCUGUGGGAACAAGGCAGAGAAUCAACUGCCCGAACCGGAUGAGCUGUUCCGGAGCGUGACCUGCCCACCCUUUCUCUAUAAUCCGUUCAACAAGCAGAUAGACUGGGAGAGGCACGUUGUCAAAGCACCUGAGGAGCCUCCAAAGGAAUUCAAAAUAUGGAAGUCAAACUAUGUGCCACCUCCAGAGACCUACACUACUGAGAAGAAACCUCUGCCUCCAGAGCUGGAUAUGGCAAUGGAAGGGUUGAAAAUAUAUGAGGACCAUGGUGAUGAUGCCCCACAGAAUGCUAAGAAAGCUAGGCUUCUACCAGAAGGGGAGGAGGCAUUAGAAUCAGAUGAUGAAUCAGAUGAUGAAUCAGAUGAUGAAGAAGAUGAGCCUACUUCAAAAAAGCGCAAACUAGAACCAGGAGAACAAGCAAAGAAGAAAAAGUAA